AUGGAUGGCAGCAAGAACGAAUAUGUGCACUUUAUGCAGUAUGUAGAGGAUAGUGGCCUGAAAGCUUAUGAUGAGCUGGUGAUACAGAAUGCUUCAGACAUCGCACGUGAGAGUGAUCGCGUUCGCCAGCACAGGGCAUACCUGAUGGAUCAAAGCCAGAAAAAAAGAUGGAUGGGUGAGGAUGUGGAAGGAGAAGAGGCUUACACUGGUAAACACUUUCGCAUGGGCUUCAUGACGAUGCCAGCUCCCCUAGACCGGCUGUCUGAACCAACUGGACUGGGUUUUACAGUGCGCUCCCAGUCUUUGCAUUCAGUAGGAGGUGGCAAAGAGGAUGGAGGCAGCCUAAACCUACGCAAACAACCCCCACCAAAACCCAAACGGAACCCCAGCACCAAACUUAGCACCUCAUCUGAAACAGUCAACACAACCUUAACCACAGGAAAGAGAUCGAAGGAGUUGGAUAAGAAUGAUGCAUUGAAGAGCCUUCUGUGCAGUGAAGAGUAUCGCCUCAUGCCUCCACCUAAACCUAAACGCAAUCCCAGCACUCAGCUUAGCACUUCCUUUGAUGAGUCUUACAUCCAAAAACAUAGCAAUAAGUUCAAGUCCAGCACUUUGCCAAGGCAACAGAAGAAAUCAUUAUCUCAAAAUCAAAGCUGUGCUUUGGACACUGAUGAGGAGACUGAGCCUGUUUAUAUAGAUAUGGUGGGAAACAUUCUGCAUGACUUUCGGCACUUUACUGGACACAAUGCCGAUGAAGAGAAUGAUCAGGGAGAAAGUGUGUAUGAGGAGAUGAAAUACCCUAUCUUUGAAGAAGCAGCCAUAUCUACUGAACACAUCCAAUCUUGUUUGAAGCCAUGUUCAAAUCCUGCAGUUUUAGAUGAAGCACUAACUAAAUCAACCCAGCGUGGGCCACAUGGUGACAUACCUGCCCCCUUUCCUAAUUUACUCACUCAAAAAGCCCCCUUGCUUGAGUUCCCCUCUGCACCAACUCAGUGUUCCCCAAAUUCAGAUGAAUCCCCCCUUACUCCACUAGAUGUCACCAAACUUCCUAUGCUAGACAAUUGUGGCUUUGGUAAACCCAGCAACUCCUCAACAACUGGUGACUCUGGACAAGCAUUGCCAGGGCAACAGUCUAUGGGGCAACACAAUCUUAAACAACACAACCAUAAAAAGUCAGAAAAUAAAGAACCCCAGUCUACCCAGACAAUCACUGCAUCUGGUCGUUCAUCUGCCCCACCGUUGUUAUCAGCAUCAAACAAGAGUAGUGGUUCCUCUGCAGCUCAUGGUUACCCUCGCAGCCACUCUGCCUGCCCAUCUCCCUUAAGCAUGGGACAGGUAUCGACACCUCUUAGUCUUAAAUGUCCACCUUAUGAUGCUCUGUUGACUGGCACAAUUCCACUUAGUACCUCCAGAGUCUUGCAUAGAUCCUGCGAGAGCGGACACCUUUUAGGCUCCUCCAGCAUUUAUGGGGGAUCCAUGCAAAAUGUUUCCACUGCAUCAGUUGGGUCAACCUCAGGGUCUGGAGCCCGAUCACCGACUAGUUCACUGGAUGAGCUCAGCAACAUAACUACCUAUAGCAAGAACAUGCUGAGAAAGGAUUCUGGAGGGCACAAGAGCAAGGAGCUCAGUGAGAUUAAGGUGAAAACCAGAAGCCAUAGCUCUGACAGUAAAGACCAAGCCUUGCGUAACUCUCCAAAGCGGCUGGACUGGGACACACCGUCAGGACAAUCUGCUACUCCAACUAACCUGGGACACCCCUCCCUCAGUCCAACCACCAUGCUUGCUGGUGGAGCCUCAGAACCUAAAGCAGCCUGUAAGUUAGGCCAUUCUGCCUCUACAUCAGGAGUGUCAACUUCAAUAGGAACACCCCAGAGACACGCCCAGGAGCAACCCUUAAGCCAUCAGACUGCAAAUCCAUUCCAGAUGCUCCCUUUAUCAUGGGCAUGCAAUGACAACACCAUGAUAGAGAUGAUCGAAAAAAAACGUCAUCUUUGCAAGGAAAUCAAAGCACGGCAAAAGCCAGACAAGGCCCUGUGCAAGCAGGACAGCCUGCCUAUCCUGCCCAGUUGGAAAAAUACCAAUGGCAGCAAGAUGGCACCACCCUACUCAGCACAAACAACAAUCUUCUGGGAUACAGCAGUCUAACAGGAAUAAAUAAUGGAGAUAUGUAAUAGAGAGUAAAAUCAUCUUCUGAAGACUUCUGAAUUUCUGAAGAAAUACACUCUAAGACGGGGUAUAACAAUCUGUCUGACAGCUCAUAAAAAGGAAGAUACAAAAGUGCUGUAGCAAAUCAAAUUAAAUCCAAGGGGUUCACUAUCCUUGCUUUUCUACAUCACUGUUUGUCAUAUUU